CACACUUUUCGAAUCAGAAAUAUGCAAAUAGGGAGUUCAUCUUGCAACAUACACAUACACAUACAUAUUUAUAUUUGCAUAUUUAAAUACGUACCUAUAAUAAAAAGGGAUUUGCAGUAGAAAAUUUGCAUAUCGUAGAAAAUUAUUAUAUUCAUCGUAUUUCAAAUUUUGCAAAUAAAUAGUCUGGGCAAUAUUUUUUGGUUAUUCCGACAAGAUAGGUACCAACCUAUCCUGCUUUUAAUUCAUAUUAUGACACUUAUAAAAGAGCGGUCUAAUGAUAUGUAGAACUCCGUAGUGCAUUUUGUACUUCUCCAAGAUCUCGAGUAAAAUCAACUAAUAGCCUGAAUAAGUACAUAUAUUGGAAUUUCAAAUUAGGAGAGAAUAUGAGCUAUUUUAAAUUGAGCAAUUACAAGUUAUCGGCACUACAUACAACUUGCAUGCUUUUUUAGUAGGUAUGCGUAUGUAAAUUGUACAUGUACAUACACCAUUCUAGUGCAUGGAAGCACAUGUCUCCUCUUAUCAUCUACUCUGGAAUUCCGACCGAAGGGGUCUAAAAGGAUUUUAAAUAAUAAAAAAAGGUUGUCAUUCCUCUUUCCUAUUUAUAUAUUCAGCAUAAUCUCAUUCUUCUCAUGCACGGAGUUUCGUAUGCCUACGCACAUACUUACACAAUUGGUUAAUAUCUACCGCAAAAUACUUGUUUCGUCUUCAAGUAGAUUUACAUGCAAAUUUACACUUUUUUUCACUAAAACAGCUUUUGCAUCGUGUGGAAAUUUUACAACACAUCCAUACUCUGUCACAACAGUCAGUUUUUGGAAUAUCGAGAUUUCAAAUCCAAUUUGAAAAGUGAAAAGACACGAUGCUGGUCGUCCUCGUCUUUUUCGUCACCUUCUUCCUCCUCGUCUGCGUCAUGCUCCGUCGGAACGCUCUCAAGGACCGAGCCCACUUUGAGAAUCAGGACCUCCUCUACCUCGGGAACAGGAACUACAGCCUCCUCUACGAAACCCUCAUGGGCAUCACCAUCGAGGCCACGCAGGAACGAUGGUACACCCAAAUGGUCACAAAAGGCCAGAAAAUCGCCGGAUCCAAAGAAUUCGGUACAAAUGUUAUUAACAUCAACGACCCCGAGCUAAUCAAGCACAUCACGAUUAAAGACUUUGACCACUUUAUCGACCGGCGUGAGUUUGAAAUGCCCAAGGAGGAGAUUCUCUUUGGGAAAAUGCUCUUCUCUCUGAAGGGACAAACUUGGAGAAAUUUCAGAACCACCAUAUCACCAGCUUUCACCUCUAGCAAAGUGAAACGUCUCUACCCUCUUUUCAUGAAGUCUGGUCACUCCAUGAUCAAAUAUCUGACCGCUUUUUCCGGCCAGGAGAUCAAUUUUACCAAUGUAAUCCCCAAAUUCACCAUCGACGUGAUUUCUACCGCCGUGUGCGGCAUUGAGAGCAACAGCUUCGAGCUGGACGAGCCUUCCAUGGUGGAGCAAAUGUCGCGCAGGAUGGAGCUGGCCUUUGGGGGGGUGCAAGUCCUCAAACUGCUCCUGGUCAUGUGCUUCCCCGCAGUGGGGAACUUAUUCAAAAUGUCGUUCUUCGACAAGGAGGCGGAGCACUUUUUCAUGCACGCCAUCACACAAACGAUCCGGGCGCGAGAGGCCAACCCUGGGGGGAAGCAGGACGACUUCGUCCAACUCAUGCUCGAAGGCAGGAAAGGUCUCGACAAAAAGAAGGAGGACGGUGAGGAAAAUGGUGGUGGUUCAAAAUCCGUCGUGUUCUUGGACGAUGUUCAUAUCGUGGCGAAUUGUGUCCUUUUCAUCCUUGCGGGACAUGCCACGACGCACAUCGGGAUAGUUUUCGCUCUCUAUGCGCUAGCCACACAUCCCGAAAUUCAGGACAGAUUGCGACGGGAAAUUGAAGAUGGUCUGAAGAAGGAAGGUGUUAAAACGGAUGAAGGAGAAUUCCUAUCCUACGACGGCCUCCACGCCUUGAAAUACAUGGACAUGGUCAUCAACGAAACGCUGCGCCUGUACCCACCAACGACGGCUUUUGACCGUGGGUGUUGCAAGGCCUACACAAUUCCUGGGACGAACUUCACCCUGCGGAAAGGGCAGGGCGUCUUGUUCCCCGUUUUUAGCCUCCACAGGGACCCACGAUUCUGGCCAAAUCCCUUGAAAUUUGACCCAGAAAGAUUUUCGGAGGAGAACAAGCACACAAUAAAUCCAUACGCGUACAUUCCGUUCGGGGCUGGAAAUCGACAAUGCAUUGGGAUGAGGUUCGCCUCGAGCGAGGUCAAGCUAGGGGUUGCAAUGCUGGUCUAUCAUUUUAACUUGGAACCAUCAGCAAACACGACGAUCCCGAUGAAAUUUGCGAAUGCGAACACGUUAAAACCGAAAUAUGGAAUGAAGAUUAAAAUUAGCAGGAUCCCACGGUCUUAAAUUUAUGAAAAUUGAGGCUUUAUGUGAAUUUUUAUUCACAACGUUGAACCAGUUCUGUAUAAAUAAUCACAUGAACGUCCUUACGAGUGACCGACUAAACUCUGAAGCUAAUAAUACUUGUUAAAUAUGCUAAGGAAAAUCAGACAACAAAUGUCGGUAGUAUAAAUUCGCUAUUAUAAAAUGCAUAAUAUUUUCUUAAAGGUUUUAAACUGGCACGGUUCUUGAGCCAGUUACACCAGUGCUAGUGAAUAAAAAAUAUGUAAAAAAGUGUGCGUGUUUUAACAGCGUGUGUUAACAAGCCAAAAAUAUAAACGACAUUCAUACAUACACCACAGGCAUUCCUGUAUAAUUGUCAUUCUACUCCAAAACUAAGUAUGUAUGCAGAUUUUGACAUGAUAUUAAAUUAAAUCGCCUUUUUAACAAA